AUGACUCCGGUUUACUUCAUCCCCGCUGAAGGAGGCGGUGGAGAAAAGGGGGCCCUACAUCAUGAGCAACCCCCCCUCCCUUCACGCCAAGCUCCGUCGGUGAAGUUCAAGAAGGGCUACACGGCCCUCAGCCAGACGGCGGACGAGAACCUGGUCUCCCUCGAUUCUGACAGUGAUGGGGAGCUGGGAUCCAGAUGUUCCUCGGGCUACUCCUCUGCUGAGCAAGUGAACCAGGACCUGAGCCGGCAGCUGUUGCAGGACGGGUACCACCUCGACGAGGUCCCCGACGACGAAGAUCUGGAUCUCAUCCCCCCAAAACCCGUCGCCUCCUCUUCUUGCCCCUGUUGUUUCGGGGAGAACCUCUCCUGUGUGAUCCAGUAGCUUGAGGAAGGGAGAGUCGUGCAAGAACAGGUCAAAAGCCAGCACUUUCUUUGUCCCCUGGGAUGGCUGGUGGUGUCCCCAUCCCAAGCUGGGAGGGUGACAGGGUGCUGCCAUGCCUACUCAUGGUGAGUGGUGGCCACCAAACAACCCCAAGGGACUUUUUUCCCCGAGGCUCAGCAAUGCCAGGGGGAGGUGGCAUGGUGACAUUGAGGUGGCCUGGCUGGGACCUGUGGUCCAGCUGGGGUGGGGAGGGAGGAGAGAAGCAACAUCUGGGCA